UAAAUUAAAUUAUACAGAUUCACGAUCAAUUUGGUUUCAAGGCCAAUAAAUGAAACCCCUAAGCAUGUCUAGAACACUGAACUCUUAAACAACCAAUCAUAAGUCGCUUUGAAGAAUUUGAAACUUGAAACAAGGAAGCAAACAAGUAUUAACCGUUGGGUUUUUGCCCAAACGUGUCAGUUAGUAAAGAAACAAACGUUCGCUGACUGGCAAUAAUUCAGCUCCCACAACAGCCAGAAAUAAUAACUCUCUCAUUCGCAUGAAUCGGACAAACAUUAAAUUUCAGAUUAAACUUCAUUUCGCUUCUGGGAAGUUCAACAAAUUCGCUAAAUAAUUUCAAAAAUUUAAAAAUGUCAACAUCAACUACCCCUAAAUUUUACCUGGGUCCCGAUAACUAUUCGUGCGCGGGUGUUCGGGACAAAAUAACUAUUUCAAAAAUUGGCGCGAUAAAAUCCAAAAUAGAGCGAACAUCUGCAGUUAAAAUGCGGACAGGUGAGCAAAAUGUUUUAGCAUCCGCCAGUCCACAGCAGAAGCCGAGGAAGCUUCAGUACUCGAAAUCAUUCACCAAGUUCGAGAUGAGCACCACAAAUAGUUCUCGUCACCGUGAACAGCUGAUGGUCGAACAGUCGCCGAAAGGAGCUUCAGCCGAAAAGAACACAAAACCGACAGAUUGUCUAAGUCAAGUGAGCUCAUUAUCUAUCAGUGGCAAUAAAACUAACAAAGCUGAAAAGAAAGUUCCAGAGGAUGUCGUUAAAUGUUCGAACGAGGCGGAAACAGUUGGCAGCAUUAUUGGAAACAAUAUUGACCACAAAACAGCAGUGGUACUUGCAAAUUUGCUGUGGGAGAAACUUCGCUUCAUGAAACUGGAGUUUGAGUCAUUCGUCGAAUUGGUCGAGACUAGUUGCUUCAAGUGUAUUUACAAGCCCGGAGAUGUCAUCUACAAUUCAGGAGAGCAGGAGUUCCAUUGCGUGCUGUUGGCCAGUGGUCAAGUUGUCGAGUACCCCAAUGGAAUCCCCAUUCAAAGGACCCAGUCAUUCGGAGGGGGCACCGGAGACUGUUUGGAUUCCAAGGCCAUAGACAGCAAUGAAAAUGUGGUUCAUGCGCCAGCUGUGCUAGGGGUGGGUGCAUUGCUGCUGUGUGACAUUCGAGAGCACACAGUUUGUGUCCAAAGGGCAAGACAACCUAUCGAUUCUGCCAUAAAUGGAAAGAAAGAUGAAGAAGAGGAGGAGGAGGUGAUGGCUGUGUGCUAUCUGUUGCACCAGAAGACGUUUCAAAACUUCUUCCGGGACAGAACACAGAACCAGUACAAUGGAACAGUCCAUGCUCUCAACAGUAUAACUCAGCUUACACACCUCAACGGAGACGAGAAAGACAAACUGCUAUCUGCUUCCGAGGAGAUCGACAUAACUUCAAAUGACAAUGAGACUUUAGUUGAGGCGGGCAGCCCCUUCGAAAACUUGUACAUAGCUCUCAAUGGGUGCUACUUCUCAAAGCACACCCCAGAAAACGGCAAAAACGGGGUCAAUGAAGUGCAAACGACACUGAUUGGGUGGGAGGAACUUAUUGAGGGUGAACCUACUUGGAGACACGAAUGGAUAAUUAGAUCACAAAAAGAAAAUGGAGAGAAGAGAAAAGGAGGAACCAGAACUGUUCUGGAAAUUGACACAGAAAAAGUAGACAGGAUAAUUGGUCUUUUUCGACUCACAAACUUUCAGAAGAAGAACCAAGAGAUCACCACUGAACAAAAAAUAGAUUCAGAAAGCGACAGAUGAAAAAAAUUACACAACAUUCCUUCAAAAUAACGUUCGUUAGUUGAUUUGCAAAAAAUCUAGUUAAAAAAUUUGAAUA